CAGUUCUGUCGCAUUUAUUCAGACAUGCAGCUUUUCAAACGAAUGUUACUAAUUUGAUGCAAAAGAGCGGAUAUUUGCAAGAUUCUUUGCUGCCGAAAGCUAUCACAAUGCAAGAUACUCUAACGCCGAAAGUUACCACAUUGCGAGAUUCUAUAGUGCCGAAAGUUAACAAAUUGCAAGAUUCUUUAUUUCCACAAACUACAACAUUGCAAGAUUCUCUAUGGCCUAAAGGUAACACAUUGCAAAAUUCUCCUUUGCCAAAAGUUACAACAGUGCAAGACUCUUUAUUUCAAAAAGCUGCAACAUGGCAAGAACCUGUAUUACCGAAAGUCUCCACAUUUCAAAAUUCCUUUUUGCCUAAACUUACCUCGUUGCCAGAUUACCCACUUCAAAAAACUUCAUCUUUGCAAGGAACGAUUGGCUCCAAGGUCACAACCAUAAGUCAAAAUACAGAUUCCGAGAAACAAAUUCGUGUAUAGAGG